UUUAGCUAUGGCGUUCCCGAUGGACAAUGCUGCCGGCGCCGGCGAAGACCGCCGCACGGAAGAAGGCAGCCUGACAAUCCCAAACAUCAAGCUGCACCGCCUGCCGCACCUGAAAGACUACCUACCCGAUCUCAAAACCCACCCGAACCCGCUAGACAACAACCCGUUUUUCCACCCCGUAUCCGAGUUCUACAUCACCCCCUCUGACGUCAUACUGCGCCACAUCCUCCACGAUCUCUCCGACAUCCCUUCACCGGGGCCCCACCCGGCUUACCACCGGGCCGGGCCGAGGAAGUGGGUAUACUUCGACCCGGCCGUCGUCAGGGCCGCCAUAGUGACGUGUGGGGGCCUCUGCCCCGGGAUGAACACGGUGAUCAGGGAGCUGGUGGUGGGCCUGUGGGAGCUGUACGGCGUGCGCGAGAUCUUCGGGAUACGGGCCGGGUACCGGGGGUUUUAUUCGGGUCAACCCGAGGCGUUGAACCCUAAGAUAGUUCACGGCUGGCACAAAAUGGGCGGCACGGUUCUCGAAACUUCCAGAGGUGGGUUCCAUUUGGACAAGAUCGUCAACUCUAUUCAGGAUCGUGGUUUCAACCAGAUAUACAUCGUCGGCGGCGAUGGCACUAUGCGCGGGAUGGUGGAGAUAUUCAACGAGAUCAAACGCCGUAGAUUGAACAUCGCCGUCGCCGGAAUCCCGAAGACGGUGGACAACGACGUCGGCAUCAUCGACAGGUCUUUCGGGUUCCAAACGGCGGUGGAGAUGGCUCAGCAAGCCAUCAACGCAGCUCACACGGAAGCGGAGAGCGCCGUCAACGGAAUCGGCCUGGUGAAGCUCAUGGGGCGGAGCACCGGCCACAUCGCCCUCCACGCCACCCUGAGCAGCCGUGACGUGGACUGCUGUUUGAUACCGGAGAACGACUUCUACCUGGAAGGCGAGAACGGGCUGUCGAUUUCCUCGGCAAACGGGCUGAAAGAAAACGGCCACGCGGUGGUGGUGGUGGCGGAGGGCGCCGGCCAGGACAUCAUACCGAAAACCGAUCACGGGUCGCACGUGCAGGAGAAGGACGAAUCGGGUAACCCGGUAUUUUCGGACGUGGGCGGGUGGCUGAAGUCGGAGCUGAAGAGGUGGUGGGAUAGGGACCACCCGGGGGAGCUUUUCACGGUGAAGUACAUUGAUCCGACGUACAUGAUACGCGCCGUUCCGGCGAACGCAACGGAUAAUAUGUACUGCACGCUGUUGGCGCACUCGGCGAUUCAUGGGGCGAUGGGUGGGUAUACAGGGUUUGUAUGUGGUCCGAUCAACGGGAACUAUGGGUAUAUUCCGGUGGAUGAGGUGGCGAGAGCCAAGAAUGUAGUUAAUACGAGGGAUCACAAGUGGGCUUGGGUUAGAUCUAUUACCAAUCAGCCUGAUUUUCAGACUACUUAGAGGCCCAAACUCUUUUUUUUUUUUUUUUUUUUUUUUUUUAAUUGCAUAUGAAAAAACGAAAUUAGUGCGAAAAGCAAAAAAGUUAAUCCACAAAAGUUUUUUAUGUAUGGUAAAAGACUAAAAGGAAGAAAUGCCAAUAAGUGUUGGAGGAUGAAUAAUUGAAUAUUCCAUAAGUUGAUGGGUUGCAUGUGAUAUUAUAUUUGUUUAUGUUUAUUUGCCUUUUAUGGUUACUACUUAAUAAUUUUCGUAAUUCUUUGGGU